AUGAAAAAUAGUGAUAAUAAUAUUUUUGAAACUGUCGAAAAGAAAAAAAGAGCUGUUUUUGAACGGCUAACACUACGCAAAAAACGAGCAUGGCUUAACGGAUUUGCGGAUCGCGGUUUUUUACGUUUGUACGCACCGACCGGUUCUCGAUCAAUUGUUUUUCCGGUUACAAUCGAGACCACUGUCAGCGACAUUUGUUCGGUACUUGGUUUUGAAGCUAUCUAUCUGCAAAUCGGUGGUCUUCAUAUUAGAAAAUUAGCUACAAAUACUUGUCUUCUUCAAAUUCAAAAUGAAAUUUUAACGACGUUGGGUUAUGAACGACCUGAGGAAUGCUCAGAAGCCGGUGAUGCCACUCAUCUGACGCAUAUAUUUUGUUUUUAUAUGGGUCAGCCAGAGCAUAGCGCUGCAGCUGGUACAUCAAAAGAAAUUUUGGUUGCGAAUUGUUGUAUCCGAAAAGGUCGUAUGUUACACAAAUGGAUUAAACGAAGAUGCGUUUUGUACAAUGGUACAAUUCGUAUUGAAAAUGAUGGAGAAGAAGACGAAGUGAUAAUUUUGAGUCGAUAUCGAAUUGAGGUUGCUGAAUGCAGCCGUGGAAAAUAUUUGAAGAUAUCCGAUUGUUCACGACAUUUUUGCUUUCUUUUUGAUGCUAUUGGUGAGAUGAAUUUAUGGUUGACUCGAGUUUUACAGACUCAGAUGGCACCGUCAUGUGACCUCAGUGAACAAAAAUUGUUAUUUUUGCCAGAUCGGCUGUUUUCAGUUGGUGUUGAUAGGCAGAUUCUUACCUUAAACUUACGUCGCAAUUCUCUACAGCAUAAGAUUAACAGUCAGAUAAGGGCUCCAUCAUUAGGCUGGCUAGAUGACCUGAAUCGACUGUCGUCGCUUCGUUCGUUGAACGUAUCUGAUAAUUUAAUUAUGAUUUUCCCGAAGUCGAUGUUUCAGCUACCCGCGCUAUCAGAGCUUUAUUUGACUGGAAAUUGUCUUAAAGAACUUCCGUCAGAAAUUUCUUGUCUGCAAAAUUUAACAACACUGAACCUCAGUAAUAACUGGCUGAAAAGUCUUCCUGGCGAAAUAUCCGAAUGCUCAAACUUAACCACACUUGAUCUCAGUUUCAAUUACUUUAAACAGAUACCUAUUGGAUUGUUUUGUUUAAGCAAACUUACGUUUCUACAAUUUGCUGGAAACGAGUUGUCCUCGGCCGCAGUUCAUGGGUUAGCAUCGCUUCACUUCACAAAGCUCGAUUUUCGACGAAAUAUGUUUGCACGUUCUUUGCGAAUUACGGCUUUUAUGUUCGAGUCGCUCACGGAUUUGGAUUUGCGAGAUGGUGCUGCCUUAGCUGAGCUGGACUUAAGCAAUCUUCCAUCUGUACAAGUGUUACACUGCGAAAGACUAAAAUUGAAAACGUUAAGAGUGAACGGUUCGUCACUUAAGUGUCUUUAUGCAGACCGCAACGAGCUAGCGCAGGUGAUCAUUAUGCCGGUGCCGAUACAUUUGGUCACAUUUUCGCUUUCAUUUAACAAAUUAACUUUAUUGCCUGACUGGAUCACUGAUUUGCCAAUGAUUGAAAGUGUUUUUGUAGACCAUAAUUCUGUAUAUCAGUUACCGUAUAGAAUCUUUAUGAAUGUCAGUAGUUUAAAACAGCUGCACGUCAACCAUAAUUAUAUUGAAGUAUUACCGGAUGGAAUUGAAAACUGUUCAGUAGAAAUCUUGGCGUUACAAAACAAUAAUUUAACUGAGCUACCUGUUAACCUGUUAAAAGCCGCUCAUAAACUGCGUAACUUAAACGUCUCUUUCAACCAGCUGCAGCAGCUACCACCGCCAAAUCCAAUGAUCGACCUUAACAAACUUCAAUUUCUUCGGGCUGCUGGAAAUAAAUUGGACGAAGGUGUAAUGGGCACUAUAGUAACUUGUCGUCGAUUACGACUCAUUGACUUGUCGUACAACAAGUUAAGGUUUUUUGAUGACAGCUGCCUGCUAAGGCUUACAAUGCUUGAAGAAGUUAACCUGUCAGCAAAUCAGUUAACUUCGGUAUCUUAUGCCUUUGGUGUUCUGCCAAACCUGCAAGUUCUUCGCUUACACUCAAAUUUCAUUGCUGCAAUUCCAGACCUUUCACAAUCGCCCUCAUUAACGUUACUCGACAUAUCCAAUAACAAGUUAGAUAGAUUAGACACGCAUUUAUGUAUGGCAAAAACUUUAAAACAUCUGGACCUGACAUGUAAUCCAACGCUUCACGUUAAUGCGCGAUGUAUUUGCUCAAACAGUGAUGAAAAAAUUUGUAGAAGCGAUCGAAGUAUAUCAGUGGUUGACGUCGGGUCACAAACGAGUUCGCUGUUCUAUCAAAUGGGCUUUAGUGAAAGCGCUGGUCAGAGAAACAAAUUGUGUAUCCAGCAAAUUAGACGUUCAGUAGGAGUUCACUCUGUAUACGGGAUCGUCGAUGGUGGAUCAAACGAGCAAAUACCGUCUUUAAUAGCCGACAAACUUAAUGGUUUUAUAACAAAAAUGAACCCAGAAAAUGCAGUGGACCUAAAAAUGGCUCUAAUAAGAGCGCACGAGCAUUUGGGUCAGGUUGGUGAAAGACUUGGAGCGUCAGCCUUGUUGGUGUUGAUAACGACAACUCACGUCUACUGUGCAAACUCAGGUCACUGCCGUGCAUUGAUUUGCCGCCGAGGGAUUGCUAACGAAAUUAGCGGUAAUUUCGAAACUUUAACUCAAGAGGAUUAUGAAAAUUUACGGAAAGGCAACGCAACAAUUACCAAGGAGAAUAUCAUUGAAGGAGUGUGCCCAUGUGUACGACAGCUCGGUUUCACUUUCCUAUACCCUGCCAUAGUACCGAAUCCGGUCAAAAAGACUGUAGUUUUGAGUGAGGGGGAUGAAUUUAUUGUACUGGCUUCCCGAGCUGUAUGGAAUCUUUUAUCGCAUCAACAGAUUGUUGAUCUUAUAAGACCGAUUAAGAACCCUCAGAUUGCAGCGAAGAAAUUGCAGGAUACAGUUCAGUCGUUAGAGCACUGCGGUAAUGUAAGUGUUAUCGUUAUACGGCUAAACUGGUUAGACGGAAACGCCCGUGAAUGUGAUACCAGAAGCAUGCCCAAUUUCAAUACUUUAGAAAAAGUAGCAUUUUCAGAAGAAGACUUGGCCCGUCGCGGUGAGACAACUUUACGAAAUAUUGAGGAGCGUUUGGAAAGGAUUAGCGAGGCCAUCAGUAAAAUUGAAGACGAUUCAAAUAACAAUCAGACAUCUCUGGGCGUAUUAGACUGCCUUGAUUUGAUUGCCAGAAAUAGCCUGCGAAAGCGAUCAACACUAAGGGCCCGUUUACACAGAAGCUUGGGUCCUUCUAGGUGCACAACACCACAGAAUAGUCUUCCAAAUGCGCACAGCUACGGCGAAUUAGAUUAUGCGUCACGAACGCCGUCAAUAACUAGCGCUCCACCUGAUCCACUGAUUAAACCUAGUAAUAACGACUCAAUUGAGAAACCAAGGAUUCUUAAUCUUGGCACGGACGAUGACGAAUAUACAGUAUCGCAGAAGAACAAUGGUGACGAGUACAAGUCUGAUAGUAUUAAUGCUCCGUUACGUCAUCGAGCUCGAUACUCGAUCAGAAGUCGAGUGGAAAUGUUUGACAAGCUGAACCUAAAUACUGUGACAAGCCGGGAGCGAUUUCAGCGCGCUCGUUUAUCAGUUGGACGUCACUUACGUAUGAAAACACCAGAUGAGGCAGAAACUAAAACCCGAAGUAUUCUGUAA